AUGCCAGACAGUUUAUCUCUUUCGGCCCUCCUCCUCCCAGGAACCCACGACACGAUGGCAUUCUAUGGCUGGCCCAUAUCGCAAUGCCAAACCCCCGCAACACCCCUCGCAUCGCAACUCCAAUCAGGAAUUCGCGUCAUAGACAUCCGUCUGGCAGUCAUCACCACCAUGAGCCCCUCAUCCACCUCUUCUGGAACGACUGCUACGGCGCCAACGCCCAAACACCAACUAAUAGCAUACCAUGGCCUAUACCCACAACGAACUCCCUUCCCCAACAUCCUCCAAACCAUUCAUAACUUCCUCAUAUCGCCAGAAGGAUCCCGCGAAACCAUUGUCAUGUCCAUCAAACAAGAAGACUUCGCCGUAACGCCCACCAAGCUCUUCUCCCGGCUUGUAAGGGAGACAAUGAUGGCUUCCUCCGGGGGGUGGUCAACGUCAACACACGACACCGGGAUGUACUAUUUGCAAAAUCGGAUACCACAACUUGGAGAAGUUAGGGGGAAAGUUGUAUUAUUCAGCCGUUUUGGAGGAGAUGGAGCGGAGUGGGAUGGGGGGCUCGAGGGGAUUGGGAUACAUCCCACUACGUGGCCUGAUAGUGAGAAAGAGGGUUUCGAGUGGGAGUUGAAAGGGACUAUUGUUAGAACUCAUGAUUGGUACGCUGUGCCCUCGUUCCUAUCGAUACCCGAGAAAGUAGCUCGAGCUACUGAGGUUCUCUUGCCUCCCACUUGCCCCCAGCCGACAUUGUCGAUCACCUAUUUCUCCGCAGCAUCUUUCCCAUUCGCUCUCCCUCCGACUAUCGCGUGCGGGUUUGGCUGGCCCGCCCUGGGACUUGGGGUGGAAGGAGUGAAUAUCCGGGUGGGUCGUUGGCUAUUAGAUAUCCUCACUGGAACAGAGGAGAAACGAACUCAGAGUGUAAAGGCAGUUCGUCGACGUCCACGGUGGUUACGCAAGCACCAUGAAGGGCUGGAGCCGAUCCCAUCUGAUGCUAAUUUGUCUCUGAAUGUUGGAGAGAAGGGGAUGCAGGAAUUCAAGGAGGACAUGACACGUCUUCCUGUAGAUGCCGAAGAACCCAGGUUAAGGGGCUGGGCGCUUAUGGAUUAUUUCGUUGAACCGGAAGGAGGAAAUUUAGUUCCACUUUUGGUGGAGUGUAAUUAUCGGGGAAGGAAAGUGGGAGAGGAGGGAUGGCAAUGA